UUGCCCUUACUAGAUAUGGCGCUGGCUAGUGUGUUGGAGCGGCCUUUGCCGUUGAACCAGCAUGGGUUUUUUGGUCUCGGAGGUCGUGCGGAUCUGCUGGACCUGGGUCCGGGGAGUCCUGGUGAUGGGCUGAGCCUGGCCGCGCCCAGCUGGGGUGUCCCAGAGGAGCCGAAAAUCGAAAUGCUUCAUGGAACCACCACCCUGGCCUUCAAGUUUCGCCAUGGAGUCAUUGUUGCAGCUGAUUCCCGGGCCACAGCAGGUGCUUAUAUUGCCUCUCAGACAGUGAAGAAAGUGAUAGAGAUCAACCCUUACCUCCUGGGCACCAUGGCUGGGGGUGCAGCCGAUUGCAGCUUCUGGGAGCGGUUGUUGGCUCGGCAGUGUCGAAUCUACGAGCUUCGAAAUAAGGAACGCAUCUCUGUCGCAGCGGCCUCCAAACUUCUUGCUAACAUGGUGUAUCAGUACAAAGGCAUGGGGCUGUCCAUGGGCACCAUGAUCUGUGGCUGGGAUAAGAGAGGCCCUGGCCUCUACUAUGUAGACAGUGAGGGGAACCGGAUCUCUGGAACUGCCUUCUCUGUGGGUUCUGGCUCCGUGUAUGCUUAUGGAGUCAUGGAUCGAGGCUACUCCUAUGACCUAGAAGUGGAGGAUGCCUAUGAUCUGGCUCGCCGGGCCAUCUACCAAGCCACCUACAGAGACGCCUACUCUGGAGGUGCCGUCAACCUCUACCACGUGCGGGAGAAUGGCUGGAUCCGUGUCUCCAGUGACAAUGUAGCUGAUUUACAUGACAAGUAUACGGCACCUGUCUCCUGAAGGGAAAGGAGUGGCUGUCUGCACCUGUGUGGGUGGUUCUUCUUGGUUAUAAUAAAUAAUAGCACCCCAUUCCAUAGCGAAGUCCACAGUUACUUCAGUACCUUUGCUAAAGCUCCAAAACUCUGGUGCGUGUGUUAGCAGAUGAUGAGCUCCUGACGCAUUAGCGGUUUUACUCUUGGAUGUUAAAAUUACACUACUUUUCAACCUCA